AGUCAUAACACCGUUUCCUUGAUGCUUCUUCUCUCGUUUUCUUGUAAGACGUCUAGAAAUGGAUGACAACAGAUACAGUAAGGAGGAUGAUCCGAUGAUGUCAGACGGUUACCGUCAUGUCAACGGAAAAUCCUCCAGGUCGGAGAAAGAGUUUGCAGACGACCUUCCAAGGUGCAAGGUCAGCAUCCGGGACCUGCGGUGGUUCAUGACCUUUCUCUGUCUGCUGAACUUUGCAGAGGGCAUACAUAACGGGAUAUUUGCCGGUUCGGUGACCAGCAUCCAGCGGCGGUUCCAAAUGAGCAGCACGGCGAUGGGCGAGAUUCUCAGUAUCGGGGAGAUCGGCAAGAUUACGUCACUGCUCGUCGUGACCUACUUCGGUAGUCAUGGCAACCGUCCUAGAAUCAUCGGAAUCUCCGGUAUUAUCAUGUCUAUUUCUACCUUUAUGGCGGCUUUGCCACACUUCCUGAUGGAAAAAUACGAAUAUGGUGACAGCGGUGGGAACGACACGGACACGGGCGUGUGCCACGUUGGGAACGAGAGUGCGAGCAUGCGCGGUGAGACUGAUUCCUGCUCCAAUGAGGAGGCGGCUGCCAUGAGCGGGAUGACGUCAUUGUUUCUCGUUGCCAGGUUGAUCAGUAAGAUGGGAUCCAGCGCGACCUCUACGCUAGGCUACCCGUACUUGGACGAUCACCUUCCGCCUGCAACCACCGCACUUUGGAUCGGCAUCAACAUCUGUAUGUUGGUGAUCGCACCAGUUGCAGGCUUCUUUAUCAGUGGCGCGUUUCUGAACGUGUACGUGGAUACCGGGUCUGUCGACCUGUCUACGGUGACUAUAGAUCCCAGGGAUCCGCGGUGGGUUGGCGCGUGGUGGGCGGGGUUCCUGGUCUGUUCCGCCGCCUUCUUCGUGGUCAGCCUCCCCUUCUUCAUCAUGCCGAACGAGAUGAAACAUCGGGAUAAGAAAUACCAGAAGACGCUCGAGCAGCGGGCUCAGAAACCCAAGCAGGAGUUGUCAGCAAAAGAAAUAAUCAGAGGUAUCCCGUCAGCCCUGAAGCGGCUUGUGCUGAACGGCGUGUACAUGGGCGUGGUGUUCUGUGUGGUGUCCGAACUCAGCUCCACACACGGACUAGCCUCGUUCCAGGCCAAGUUCAUGGAAGUACAGUAUAGCCUAACAGCCUCACAGGCCAACUUCUUAGUAGGUGCAGGGGCCGUUGCAGGAACGGCCUUUGGACUCCUCAUGGGCGGUUACCUUGUGAAGAGAUUUAAACUGACAACCGUGGGCUGCAUCAACUUCUUUGUGACGGUUGAGAUCUUGGCCCUGAUCUUGUACUCUUCGCUCUACGCCUUCGGCUGCGACAGCCUACAGAUGUCAGGGGUCACAGUUCCGUAUUGGAGUUUCUCGAAUGAAACCAGCAACUCGCAACCAGUCCUCAGCCUCAACUCGUCUUGCAACGCCAACUGCGCAUGCUCACAGACGUCCUUUACCCCAGUCUGUGGUGCCGACUGGAGGACGUACUUCUCGCCGUGCAUGGCGGGAUGCAAGGAGUCAUACGGGCCUGGGAACUUCAGCAGUUGCAGCUGCAUACCCCUUGAUGUAGUGGCCAUGCCGGGACAGUGCCUGUCUGCCUGCUCAGCCAAGUCCAUCCAUUUUGUGGUGGUCACGGCUUUCAUCGCUGUCCUGACCGGAAUGGGACACACUCCGGGAGUUAUCAUCAUAUUAAGAUCCGUGAGGAAGGCGGACAAGACGUACGCUCUCGGGCUACAAAAUCUCUUCACGGAACUUCUCGCCGCCAUACCUGCUCCCAUCUACUUUGGCGUUGCCAUUGACAACGCCUGCCUGUUAUGGCAGUCCAUUUGCGGAAGCCGUGGUGCAUGCUGGGUGUAUGAUACAGCCAGUUUCCGGAAUAUCUUCAUUGGGAUGGUGACAGGUAUCAAAUGCCUGUCCAUCGUCUUCCUGGUGAUAUCCCUGGUCUUCGCGCAUCGCGGGAGGAGGCGGGGGACUCUGACGGACUAUGGCGACGACGGCGCCGAGGGAGAUCAGGACAUCGCCGCGGCGGCUUCCAUGGCUUCCCUCAACGUCGUGACUUUCCCGUUAGAUUUCAGUUAUAGGGAAUUCGUGGAAGCGCAAGAAACAUCUCUUUAGAUAGCCUUCAUUUGAAACUUGAUGAUGUAUUAUAUUAAUUAUUUUGUCCUUUGUAUGCAUAACUACGUAGUAGCUCAAAAAAGAGACGAUUGUGUAUAUUAGUGUGAUAGGUAGCCAAUAUAGUAACCAAUCAGUGAGUAAACUGGAGCUUUUUUUAGCCUAGUUGGGCUUGGAUCUCUGCAUCUGCAUCUGUAAGUCAGUCUGUGACCCGGGACUCAGGUACGUGUAUACGUGUGUAGUUGUAGCUCUCUGUAGAAUUGUAGAUUGUACAGCUAGUAUCUGAUCUUAUUGUAUCCUAGACCUAUGGUAACUGUCUCUGUAACUGUUAAACUCCUGUAAACCAUUACAUCAUUAUACCUGUUAGUAGAGUUAACAAAUGAA